AAAGCAAAGCAUAGCAAAGCAUAGCAAAGCAAAUGUUCUUCGUGGCUUCAACCGGAAGUUUGCUCGCUUCCACCGUCUCUCUCGCGAUCACUGUUCUUGCGGUGUUCGCGGCGAUCGUCUCGGCGGGUAUCCAGCACAAUGUGGGCGACAAGGCCGGAUGGAAGCUGCCCUCUCUCGCCAAGAUCAACUACACGGACUGGGCCUCGCAAUACAGCUUCCAAGUCGAAGACACGCUGCACUUCCGCUAUGAUCAAGGCACCGAGAGCGUGUUGCAAGUGAGCCUCGCAGACUACGUCUCCUGCUCCAAUUCCAAACCCCUGGCAACGUAUGACGACGGAGAUACGGUGGUCUACCUGCUGAGAGACGGCUGGUACUGGUUCAUCUCUGGAGUUCCCAGCCACUGCAACUUGGGACAAAAGUUCUCCAUCCGCGUCCAGCCUUUGAGCCACGGUUCUUAUCAAGACCGUGCUCCAUCGGCUGCCGAGCCUUCCACUGCCACUGCCCAAGGAUUCUCCGGCGGCUCCCGAAGAGAGAACCCUGUCGCGAUUCCAGUCUCUGCAUUGCCAUCCUCAUCGGCUGGCUUCGCGACUCCAGUAUUCCCUGCUCUUGUCUACGUUCUUCCCAUAGUCCUUGUCGCGUAGUAGUAAACAGCCUUAGAACUUGUGCGUCCUCCUCCCACGAAAUCCAAAGAGCAAAAUCCUCCC